AUGACUUCGACAGCAAUUGAUGGUAUAAAACGUUCGAACGUAUGCGGUGAUGGUUAUCGUAUUGAAGGCGUUGUUCUUAAAUCAUAUCCAUUCUCAAAAAUGGAAUCAUAUUUGCCUUAUGAAAAUUGUUUUAUGACAUUUCAAGCUCGACAACCAAGUAAUCAAAUACGUAUACAUAUAGUUAGACUUGAUCUAAAUGAUAUACGUAGUGGUACUGAUUGUUUGGAUUCACUACGUUUUUAUAAAUCAGCUUAUAUAAGACGAGAAGAUAAAAUUGAUUCUAUUGAAUGUGGACAAAUUUUUGAAGCAGAAAAUUUCAAUAUUAUUUCGCCUACAGGCAUUGUUACUGUUCAUUUUAGUACUGAUGGUGGAAAUGUCUAUGGUCUUGGAUUUAAAGUAAUUCUUACUGCUUUUCGUUCUCCAAAUAAAACACAUCCAUGUGAUCGAAAUGAUGAUGAAUUUCUUUGUAAUAAUGGUGAUUGUAUAAGUAGUUUACUUUUAUGUGAUGGUAUUACACAUUGUUUAGAUGGAUCUGAUGAAAUACCAAAUCAUUCGUGUAUAUUAAAUAUAGAAGACUCAAUAAAUAAUCUUAAUAUAAAAGCAAAUCAUCGUGCAAUGAUUGCUAAACAUCAACAUUGGCGUGGAAUAUUAAUUAUUGCUUUUUUACUUAUUAUAUUUAUUGUCUUUAUACUUUUUGUGGCAUAUUUUAUUUGUCGUCGUUGUGUUGAUUCAUCAAUUCCGGUACCUACUACACGAAGAAGAAGAAGAAUAAGAAGAAGUUUUAAAACUAUUGUUCAUUCUCCUUUUAAUGGACCUAAAAAUUCUACAACAACAACAACACAAGUAGUUAUACAAGAUGAAAAAAAUCGAAAACGUCUUGAUGAUGAUUAUAAUAUACUUUGA